AUGGUCCACGUUGCUCGGAACUGUGUCAUUUGCCAGCGGCUCACUAGUGAUUUCAGUUAUGGGGUUGAUUGCUGCAACGCAUGUAAAAUGUUCUUCCGGCGCCAUGUCGUCAAAGAGUCCCCACUGAAACCCUGUGUGUCAGGAAAUGGAGAAUGUUCUUCGGACACUUUAGCCGGCUGUCAAUUCUGUCGAUUCCACAAAUGCCUCCAAUCCGGAAUGACUUUGGAACCAUUAAUCCCCAAACCUCCUUUGAACGAAUUGUUUGAAAAGCUGUCAAAAUUAGAUUCCUAUCGAUAUCAAAUUCUCUGUAACUACUAUCCAAUCGAUCCGGAUCUAAAUGUAGCUACUGUAUUAUUCUUUAAAAGAGUCAUUUAUACUGAAAGAGAUCCAGGAUCACAAAUGAAUUUCACAUCGUGGAUUUAUAUGAGUGCUCUAGCCACAAUUGAGUUCAUGAAAAUGUUUGCAUUCCUCUAUUUGGCAAAACCAGAAGAUCAGUUGAUCUUAACAAAAUCUUCGUUCAUGAAUGUGUCUAGUUUUUGUGCAGCUUUUCGAGUAUAUUCUUCAAAUCAAGAGGUUUUAUCAUUUCCUGAUGGCUCGGAUGUUCUGCCUCAUGAAUUUGAGAAUUCAAGAUUAGAGGAAGUUGGGAAUUGUAUAAGGCGAAGAUUGAUUUCUAAAUUUAUCGAUUUGAAAAUUAACAAAGAAGAAUUUUUGUUGCUUCUUGUAUUGAUAUUUUGCAAUCCAGCUUUACCGAAUCUAUCGGAAACUGGACAGAUUUUGGUUUCCACCUAUCAGAAUGUUUAUAGUAGCGCUCUUUUCCACUAUUGCUUGCAAAAAUAUGAAAAGUGUGGUCCCAUCAGAUACACCGAGUUGUUAUCGGUCAUAAGUGUUGUUGGAAAACAUUCAGAAGAUGUGAAUAAUUAUUAUGUGAUUUUACAAUUGCAUGGACUCGAUUAUUCUAUUCCGUCAAUUGUUAGAGAGGGCAUUAAUUUGCUUUGA